GCGGCCCGUCCUGGUGCUCCUCUCUCUGCGCUUGGCGGUGAGGAAGGAAAGUGGCUGUUACAGUGGCGUUGUCAGGCCCAAGGACCCGCCGCCGCAGUAGCAGAGCCAUGCCUACUGUGGAGGAGCUGUAUCGUAAUUACGGCAUCUUGGCUGACGCCAAGGAGACCGCGGCACAGCACAAAGAUGCUUACCAGGUGAUUUUGGAUGGUGUCAAGGGUGGUGCCAAGGAGAAGAGACUCGCUGCGCAGUUCAUUCCAAAGUUUUUCAAACAUUUUCCUGAGCUUUCUGAUUUAGCUAUCAAUGCGCAGUUGGACCUUUGCGAGGAUGAAGAUGUUUCUAUCAGACGCCAAGCAAUCAAGGAAUUGCCUCAGUUUGCUACAGGGGACAACCUUCCCAGAGUGGCAGACAUACUCACUCAACUUCUGCAAUCAGAUGAUUCUGCAGAAUUUAAUUUGGUCAAUAAUGCAUUGUUGAGCAUAUUUAAGAUGGAUGCUAAAGGAACACUGGGUGGUUUAUUCAGCCAGAUUCUUCAGGGAGAGGAUAUUGUGCGUGAGCGAGCUAUCAAAUUUCUCUCCACAAAACUCAAAACACUACCUGAAGAGGUAUUAACAAAAGAAAUAGAGGAGUUCAUAUUAACUGAAUCAAAGAAAGUGCUUGAGGAUGUAACAGGUGAAGAAUUUGUCUUGUUCAUGAAGAUACUAUCCAGCUUAAAAAGUCUGCAAACAGUGAGCGGGAGACAGCAACUUGUUGAACUGGUGGCUGAACAAGCUGAUCUGGAACAGACUUUCAAUCCAUCUGACCCUGACUGUGUGGAUAGACUGUUGCAGUGUACUCGCCAAGCAGUCCCACUUUUCUCUAAAAAUGUUCACUCCACAAGAUUUGUCACUUAUUUUUGUGAGCAUGUGCUGCCAAAUUUGAGUUCUCUGACCACUCCAGUUGAAGGCCUUGAUAUCCAGUUAGAGGUACUGAAACUGCUUGCUGAAAUGAGUUCCUUCUGUGGAGACAUGGAAAAACUAGAAUCAAAUUUAAAGAAGCUUUUUGAUAAAUUACUGGAGUAUAUGCCACUUCCUCCAGAAGAAGCAGAGAAUGGGGAGAAUGCUGGCAAUGAAGAGCCAAAACUGCAGUUCAGUUAUGUGGAAUGUUUGCUAUACAGUUUUCAUCAGUUGGGCCGUAAACUUCCUGACUUCCUGACUGCCAAGCUGAACACAGAGAAAGUGAAAGACUUCAAAAUCAGACUGCAGUAUUUUGCUCGAGGUCUGCAGGUUUACAUCCGACAGCUUCGUUUGGCACUCCAAGGCAAAACAGGAGAAGCAUUAAAAACAGAAGAGAACAAAAUUAAAGUGGUUGCAUUGAAAAUUACAAAUAACAUCAAUGUGUUGAUCAAGGAUCUCUUCCACAUUCCCCCUUCAUACAAGAGCACAGUUACGCUUUCUUGGAAGCCUGUGCAAAAGUCUGAUGCUGGACAAAAAAGAGCCAGUGAAGACACAGCUUCAGAUUUACCAGCAAAGAAAGCUCCAGCAGGACCAAAAAGGGAUGCCAGGCAGAUAUACAAUCCACCUAGUGGGAAAUACAGUAGUAACCUCGGCAACUUUUCUUAUGAACAGAGAGGUGGCUUUCGUGGUGGACGAGGGAGAGGAUGGGGUGGACGUGGUAAUCGCAGUCGUGGAAGAAUCUACUGAAAAAAACUGGCAUUUUCCAUGGGCAUUGUGGCUAAAACAUCUUUGAAGUGUGAAGGAUUGACUGGAGCGUUGCAUUGCUUGAUGGACUGUCUUCUGCAAAAGACUGAUAUAAAUGUUCUUAUACCUUUGUAUGUAUGAUCUACUUUUCUAACGAACUACAGACACAUCCGCAGUGAAGCUACAACUGUAUUUUUGGAUGCUUAGCAUCUGGCAUAUUGGUUGUUUCUUUUUAAAGCAUCUUCAUGAUCUGUUCAAGAAAAAGCAUGGGUGUUCCAACUACUUCGAUACAGAUGUUACAUUCAUCAUAAACAUGAGUAAUAUGCAGUGGACUCUAUAGUUCUAAUUACAUUCACAUGGUAAAUAAUGGGUGGAAGUGUCAUAACUGAAGUCGGUAGCAGGCUUUCUUCAGAGAAAAUUUAUUUUUUGCAAAAAGCGGGGAAGAGUGAUGUUGCAAAAAAGAUAGUACAGGCUGCCAGUGGUGGCUUUGUUGAUAGAAAUCCUUCAUUUUUAAAGUGUGCAACAUGGAUACAGAAGACUCUGUGCUGUUAUCAAGUCAGUCUACUUAUGUGGAGAAUGUGAUGUUUACUUGAACACAUUUUGCUCUUUCCCAGAUAGCGUAAUGUGUUUUGCAAAUGGCGUUUUUAAUGUUCUCUAUAAAUGUAUGUGUGUGCGUGCAUAUAUAUAAUAUAUGCAUAUGCCAUAAAAUUCUACUGAAAAAUAGUAAACUUGCUAGAAUCGCUGCCCCUGAAUGGCAAAUCUGUGAUGUGAUGGCAAUUCUUCCAAAGUCUGGGGAAGAGUAGUAUUUUUUUUUCUGUGAACUGAGAAUUUAAAUUGGCUUGCAUAUAGAAAUAGUUUGUUUGACUUUUUAAUAGUUCAAUGGCCAUGUUAAAAAUGUUAAACAUGGUAUAUUAGAUGACAGUAAUGUUCAGCUACUCAGUUGCACUUGGAUAGAAGUUUAGAUAAACUUUAUGUAAUGGGGACCCUUAUUUUAAUGCUAGAUGUCCUUAAACUAUAUUAAAGAGAAACUAUAAAGUAUCAAACCUGAUUUUUAGUUUUCACCACUCAUUCAUUUCUUGGGUCAUUUAGGAGUAUCAUAAAAUGUAAAUGUCAAUUAAGAGAGAAAACCAGCGUGACAGAGACACAAAGUACCCAAAGUCAUGCUUUAUUUGGAUAUCUGCAAGCUGCCUCACUUCCCUCCAGCAUUUUAGUAUCUGUUUUGCAAACAAAACAUCUGUAUGUAAAUAUAUUCCCAAGAGGCUUUGUGUGUAUUGUGAACAAUUAUAAAUUGGACAAAGAUGUCUUCAUAAUCAUUCUUCUUUGAUUAUUACAAUCUUGUUUCCUAUAGCUAGCACAAGCUUUUCUGGUCAAAAGUACUUAGGAAAACCAGAACAAAAAUGCUCAAGUUUUAAAAAGUGGGGGAGGGGGUUGGUUGACUCCAUAGUUGCUCAUGCUGACAGGUGAUUUUUUUAGAUAACUUGAUUUCAAGUAUGUGAAGAAACAGAGAAGCUGUAAUGAAAAUAUCUACAUCUCACUGUUUCUCUAGAAACUUGGCCAGUUUAAAAUACAAAUUGAUAGUUGGUCAAGAUGGGUUUUUUCACAUUAUCUCACUUCAGAAUGUUGCAUAUUUUGACAAUUAUGGCAAUUUGCAGCUUUUCUAAGAAUUUUGAAGACUAAUUUUUAAGAAUGUGUAAUCAUUGCACACAGCUUUGUAGCCUUUUUGUUUUAUUUGGCAGGACCCUUAAGUUUGAAUAACAAUAUGAACAGGGUUUUUUUCCAUCCAGAGAUAAUGUGGAGAUUGUCUUUAGAAAUAGUUCGUGUGUACUUUGCAUUGCAGAUGCAGUGAAUUUGUUAGAUGAUUCCCAUUGAACCAUUUCAUUUUCUUUGUAAAAAUUUUCUUUAUGCCUUUGCAAUAAAUCCAUUUUGUAAUUUUGUUA